CUCAGAUACACUCUUUCCAUUCAUUAAAUGUAUCGCAUGUUCGACGACAGAAGAAAUUAUGGGGUGUUAAGUAAUUAUUUAAGAGGUUUUUUAGUGGGUCCGACAUGGGACGGCAUAAACUCAUAACUUUUCUUCAAAUUUUCAGAGAUAAUAUUUGAGUUGCCGGAGGCUAGCUGUUUAAUUAAAUAAUAUGUUAUUUCAUUCAUUCUGUGGUUUGCCUUGUGUAUCAAAAUAUGACACUUAGCAGACACGUUCGUCUGGAGUUUUCACAAUAAAUCAUGAACUGGACAAGGGGUUUAUUGAAUACAUCCAAGUUGUUGUACCGCCAGUCAAAAUCAGCAAACGGUACCCAGACAAACCAAACAUUUACAAAUCUAACUAGCCCUGCCAAUUCCACUAUCCUUGGGUUUCAAGAAUCUGCAACAUUUAGGCUGGCAUACGACGUCACAAUUACCGUAACCUUGGUCAUUAUCAUUCUUGGUAUGGGAUGUGGAGUCACGUGGGAUCUGAUCAAGUUCCACCUCAAGCGGCCGACAGGGGUCGCCAUAGGACUGGUGUCACAGGUCAUCGUGCUGCCCUUCCUAUCUUUUGCGCUGGCCCACGCCCUGGUUUUGGAGUCGAUCCCUGCCCUGGGGAUGCUUGUGAUGGGCGUGUCCCCGUGUGGAAUGAUGUCCAGUGUCUUCUCGUAUUGGAUGGAUGGAGACAUUUCGUUAAGUUUUACAAUGUCUACGUUUUCCACCUUCCUGGCAUUUGGGACGAUCCCUCUGAAUCUUCUGAUUUACAGCGGGAGUUGGACAGAAGAUAAUUUCGUUAUACCGUACAAAAGUAUUCUCCUCGUUGUUGGGAUGACGUGUAUACCACUUCUCCUCGGAUUUCUACUGCGAUGGAAGUUACCAAAGGUUGCCUCGAUUAUUCUGAAGAUUGGGAGUGUUGCAGGGAUGUUCAUAGUAGCGCUCUAUUUCAUUCUGUUGAGCUUGCUGUAUCCAUUCAUAUACUCCGCUUCCUGGAAAAUCUAUGUUGCUGCAUUAUCAUAUCCCUACAUUAGCUUUAUGUUUGGAUAUGUAGUGUCAACGUUAUUCAAAAUAGACGACUUCCGGCGACGUACCGUCGCGUUGGAGACGGGUAUGCAAAAUUACACACUGUGUUUCGCCAUUUUAGAAUCCUCAUUUCCUUCAGAAGAGCUGACCGUAAUGUCUGUGUUUCCUCUUCUGUAUGGAGUUAAUAGUUUGGCGGCAGGGAUCGUCUUUGUCGGGAUAUAUAAAUGCCUGAAGAAGUACGUGCCAAUUAAAAAGGAAAUGAAAGAGCAAGCAGACGACAAAGUCGAAGUUGAUGACAUAAAAUCAGCAGGACGGUUGUUAGAAGCGAUAGAAGAGGAGAUAGAAGUUUAGUCAACAUGCGGAGUUCGUAAUUAGUUGCAUCCUUUUAAUGCGGUGCUGUAUGUCUUCGUUUCUAUACUUACUUACGUGGUGGAUAAAAGCUCCCAGGUUCCAAUAUUAGAAGUCCUACACGCGCUUCUAAUGACGACACUUAUAACCAUACACGUGUCGUAUGGAUGAAGAAGUCCAUGUAUCUCGCGGAUGGUUAUUAGAUGUAUAUCAACAACUCUUACAAGAGAUUGCAUAGAGAUUUUUUUUUAUUUAUUAACAGAUUUGAAAAAAUUAAACUCUCACAAUUAAGAGAUUUACCAACAAUCUCUCUGACAGAUUAUAUGAGUGCUAAUCGGGACCUACAAUAUAGCUCAUUCCAGACAGUACAACACAGAUCUAUGAACAAUCUGAAUUGUAAUAAAAAUAAAAAAAAUGCAUUCAUAAAAACAAUUUGCAUGAAGGAGAUAAGGCCAGCUUUUUCAUUUAUGGAAAUGACUGAAAACUAAUCAAAGAAGAUGGGUGACUUUAUCGAGCCGAGAACCCACAGAGGGACAAAUAUACACGUUAAAAUUGAAACUCUCCAGAAAAAGAAAAAUUUGCAUUCUUGUUAAAACAAUCAAUCCAUAGUUUCCAAAAAUGCUUUUUUCGAUGUGCCCAUUGCAAAGGAACAUUGAAAAAAUCCUACUUAAAAUCACCUAUUCGCGCAAAACUCACAAAACAACAGUAAAUUUUACUUUUCCAAGCAGAUUUUCAUAUGGAGUGGGCCAAGUCUGAACUAAGUAAAAUAUUUAGUACAUGUUCAGGUAUAUAUUUUGUAAAUAAAAGUAUGGAGACUUAACCCACUCUAUGAAAAAACUUACUUCUUGUGUAUAAAUGUUGUCGUAUUAUCAGGAAAAUGUCUUAUGUCCACGACGGGUGGCUUUAGAUAGAAUGAAAUUCAGAAAUUUUUCAUUGGAUGGAUAUCCGAGGUGGUAUAGCGGUAGUCUCACU